GGUUUGGAGAUGAAGCUGGAUGAGGAAUAUGGGCUGGAUCGCAGGAUCGGGUUCGAAACGGACGAUGAAGAGAACCAGGCCGAAAGAGCAUAUCAGAAUGAUGACAACGACGACACGGAUUCCGAUAUUGUGCUUCCAUCACGAAAUGCAUCCAUUGAUCUGAACAGCCCGUCGUGGCCUCAAACCUACAGGAAGUCAAUGGACAUGUACACAAGUGUGACCCCUCCUCCCUCUCUCAGCUUCCUAACAGGGACAAGUUUCAAAAAAAUAAGCGACUCAUUCUUGACUUCACCAUACAAGAGAUCUCAUCCCACCUUGCCCGACUCUUCCUUUAACAAACCCCUUAUUACUGCAACAAGCUUAGACAACGAAGAGGUGCCCCCCUCAACAUUGCCUUCAAAGUUAUCUACAUCUUCCUACUCAAGUCUCUCUUUCAAUGAAUUGCCGUCACCACAGCAGUGUUCGUAUGCCCAAUCUGUCCUUAAUGCAAUAAAUGUUCUAUGCGGAAUAGGACUCCUCACAACUCCUUAUGCACUCAAAGAAGGAGGGUGGUCGAGCCUCUUGCUUCUCUUUGUCAUGGGUAUCAUAUGUUGCUAUACUGGGAUUUUGUUGAAGCAGUGUUUAGAUAGCUCCCCUGAACUCAAAACUUACCCAGAUAUUGGGCAGGCUGCUUUUGGGGUCACUGGUCGCAUAUUAAUAGCUAUAAUCUUAUACAUGGAUUUAUAUUCUACCUGUGUGGAGUUCUUAAUUAUGAUGAGCGAUAAUCUGUCGGCUUUAUUCCCAGACACCCACAUGGAUUUUGCGGGAUUUCAUCUUGAUUCUCAUCAAAUCUUUGCAAUUACAGCCACUCUUAUAAUUAUUCCAACUGUUUGGCUCCAAGACCUUAGUCUGCUCUCGUAUGUUUCAGCUGGAGGAAUAGUUACAUCAGUGCUGUUAGUGCUUUGCUUGUUGUGGAGUGGGGUCAUUGACAAAAUUGGGUUUCAUCCCAGCGGAACUGCUUUGAACCUUGCAGGCCUUCCUGUCACAGUCGGUUUAUUUGGUUUUUGCUUUGGCAGCCAUUCUGUUUUUCCGAAUAUCUAUUCUUCCAUGAAGCAACCAUCAAAAUUUCCAUCUGUUCUAAUAAUCAGCUUUGUUGCAUCUGUGCUAAUCUAUGCCGGGGUAGCAAUAUGCGGCUUUCUGAUGUUUGGUGACUCGACUGAAUCUCAGUACACUUUAAACAUGCCUAAAAAAUUUGUUGCCUCUAAAAUUGCAGCAUGGACUACGGUUCUGUGCCCAUUUACAAAGUAUGCCUUGACAAUCACUCCUGUAGCAUUCAGUAUAGAGGAGCUCUUGCCUUUGGCUCAGCAGAGAUCUUACAGUGUAUCAAUAAUUAUCAGAACGGUUUUAGUUAUUUCAACUUUAGUGGUGGCAUUAUCAGUACCAUACUUCGAAUCUGUGACGGCAUUGAUUGGAUCUUUACUUGUCAUGCUUGUAAGUAUUAUCUUACCGGCCGCAUGCUAUCUCACCAUACUCCAUGGUAGAUUAUCAAAGAUGCAGGUUGCAGUUUGCAUUUUUAUUGUCAUUGCGGGGGUGUUAUGUGCUAUUGUUGGCACAUAUUCAGCAAUUGCAAGCAUAGCUGAUAAGAUGGGCUGAGGAGAGUAUUAAGGCAGGCCUAUCUCUACUUCAAAUAUCAUUUUUUGUAACCACCAAAGCAUGAGCAAAGCAGCAGCAAACUAUGUUCUAUAGAAAAAUAUACUGGACAGUAGAAGAAAUAUAGUUGAAAGCAUUAAGGAAAUGGCUAUUUUUAAAUUUUUUUGAGCAAAAGCUCCUAGAGAGGAUGAGCAACCAUAGACUCUUGUUUAUUUGUAAUACACCAUUCAUGUGGUAUAAAUUUUUUUUUUUUAGUCCUUUUCAGGUCUACAAUUUCCUCCAUAAAACCCUCUUCUCUGAUACUUCUUUUCUUUUUCUUUUAUUAUCAUUUAAAAUUUAUCUUUUUGUUUCGAUUGUAAUUGUAGUAUUCUACUGGAGAGAACUUUUUCUCAAGUAUGAUACAUGAAUCAUGUUUUUCCUUUC